AAUGAAAUGGACGAGAGUUGUGACGAGAGGGCUGAAGAGCUCGAAGAAGUUCGAGCCGAUGAUCGCGAAGACAUUGAGAUGAGAGAAGAGGAUGAGACGAACGAAGCGAUUACUACUAUUCCCGCAGAAGAGAAGGAUUGGGACGUCUAUAACGACGGCGUUAUUGUUGUCAACCAAGCGAUACAUAAGAGGAAAGGCGGCGACGAAGAAGCCUUUGAUGAUCAGUAUUGCGAAGAUGAUAACGAAAUGGACACAAAGAAAAAAUCUAAAUUAUGUAAAGGAGGUUAUAGUAAGAGGGCGUAUACACCCAGAUCUUCGUCACCGCUUCCACCGGCCGGUGAGUCCAAAGUUGUCGUUCAGCUCUUGUAUGGCAGCAAACAAUGGAAGCGAACAAUGGAUGGCGACAUCAAAUCGAUUAUAAGAGAUAUGGCAUUACGACGACCAGAUCCGGCCGGACGUAAGAUCGCCGCCUCUGACAAGUUGUGCGCCGCUGUAAUGAAGAACCACUCGAAACGUUUGGUGUCGGAGUGCAAAGAGGCGGCCAGAACUAUGAGAGUGCCCGACCAUCAGGACGUGACUCAGUUGGACAUGAAGUCAUUUACGUCCGAAGUGUUUAUGAAGUGUCCGAAAACUGCAAAUUUAAUCAAAUCUCUGAUUCCGGUGGAGCCGAGGGAUACGCUGGACGAGCACUCGGCCACCGCUCUAAUAAUGGACGCGCCGGUUGUAACCGCGAGGGCUUCNGUGGAGCCGAGGGAUACGCUGGACGAGCACUCGGCCACCGCUCUAAUAAUGGGUGUCAUUCUAUACAUGCAUUCAAUGCAAUCAAAUACAUUGCAACACAUUUUGAGUUAUGUCUUGAGACGCGCCGGUUGUAACCGCGAGGGCUUCAAGUUUUUGCAUUCAUUGGGUCUCACUUUGAGUUAUACCAGUAUUUUGAAGAUUAUGAAUGAUAUCGACGCCAAACCAGACAUUGAGAAGUCAUCGUUGGAUACGAUCGAGAAGUCGAUCGAUUCGGUUGUCGUUCGGACAAAGAUUGAAGCGAAGAACGACUCGAAGAAGAAAAGCUCGCAAGUUGUUAAUCAGGAGACCACACAAGUGGGGGAUCCGGUUCUCUUGCAGUUCACACUUCCCUACUAUCAGACGACAACAUUCACCACAAGUCGCAACCCUUCGGUCACUUACACUACCAAUCAGUUAUCGAACUCCAAUCAAACCACUUAUACAGCGGUUCCCUUCGAGGCCACCGAUUCAUCAACUGUUUAUAGUUCUCAGUAA